AUGUUGUUUUCGCCCCAUGCCGUUGUGGCACCAGUACUCGGAUCAUUGCUACUAGCCCGCGGCACCUUGGCUGAUGAUCCAACGCAAAGAGCCGAAGCUGCUCUUGCCACCCUCCAGAACUGGUACAAUUCCACGAGUGGCCUCUGGGACACCUGCGGAUGGUGGAACGGUGCCAAUUGUAUGACGGUCAUCGCAGACCUUGCUGCUGUUGAUUCGUCUGUGAUGAACACGGCGACCAAUGUUUUCAAAAACACCUUUCAAGUCGCCCCGAUAUCAAACCCCAAUCCUGGCUCUCAGAAUACACGCAUCUCCAGACGUUCGAGGCGUAUCGUAUCCAAUGCUGCUAGCAGCAAUGUCUCGCAAUGGCUGGACGGGGCGAACGAUGACGACGGAUGGUGGGCCCUUGCAUGGAUUGCUGCAUACGAUGUCACAAACGAGCCGAGCUAUCUGGAGCUAGCGGAGGGAAUAUUCUCGAGCCUGAGCGCAAGCUGGGGCACUAACUGCGGCAACGGCGGCAUUUACUGGAGUACCACCAGCACCUAUGUCAACUCAAUUACGAAUGAGCUCUUCCUGUCCAUUGCAGCACACUUGGCCAACCGCGUGCCUGCAAGCAAAGACCAAUAUGUUGACUGGGCGCAAAAGCAAUGGAACUGGUUUGCUGCCCAAGGCUUCAUCAACAACAAUGGAACCAUCAAUGAUGGACUUACAACCAGCUGCCAGAACAAUGGCCAGACCGUAUGGUCAUAUAACCAAGGAGUUGUACUCGGCGGUCUCGUGGAGCUGAACAAGGCUGCCCCGAAUAGCUCCUAUCUCAACUCAGCCAACAGUAUUGCGACGGCUGCUAUCAAAACACUCGCUGAUUCCAACAUGGUCAUCCAUGAAGAAUGUGAGCCUAGCGAUUGUGAGCCUAACGGCACUCAGUUCAAAGGAAUAUUCAUCCGGAACCUGAAUAUGCUACAGAGCGUGACGCCAAACAGUCUGUACAAACAAGUGAUCGAUAGCUGUGCAAACAGCAUUUCGGAGAACGAUCAUAACUCGCAAAACCAAUUUGGUGUGGACUGGUCUGGUCCGGUCACGUCGGUGGACGCCUCGACCCAUAGUUCAGCCAUGGAUGCACUGGUCGCUGCGAUCUCUUUUUGA